GAAAGAGUUGAGGCAGCAAGCCUCUCACCUGCCAGUCUUCCUUUCUACACAUUACCAAUGUCUGUUCCCAGUAUAGGAACAAGCCAAACAGGUUGUCAACUUAAGAUGACAUUUGAGUCAAGGAGAGUGCACUGUGUGCCCAUUGUUGGGCUCUGGAAGCAUGAGAGUGUCUUUGAUCAAUUAUGAAGGAGGUAGGAUUUCCUUGAGAGGACUGGCUUAAAUUAAUGAUGACAAACUAAGAGUUUGAGGCCCUAAGCAGUGUUCACCUAAGGGUAUCAUUUAUUGUGAUUUGAUAUCCCUCGUAAUAAAGCAGGUCAUUGUUAAAUAGCCUGAGUCCCAGAUCUGUUUUGUGACGUGUGUCCAACUCCAUUGAAUGACCGUAAUGGAGUUCACAUGACAGCACAAACUGGGUUGUAUUCACAAAGAACUAACUGGACGUGAAAGGGCUGACACAGGGAGGGACCACCUGAACUUAAGAAAUGAGAAACGCUUGUUUUACUUCAAUGUGCGCUAAUGAGUGGGACACAGAUCUGGGACUCAUGCUAGUUGUGGAGCGAAAUAUGUCCGUUGUGUUUGUUAUCAGUCCAGUCAUACUCAUUCUACUGGUGUUUGUGUCUAUGUAAGGUGGCAUUCAUUAAUGUGAAUGUGGGUGCUGCUAAGUCAGCCAACAGGGGAAGGCCAACCUGUUGACAUGUGCAUCCGGGAAGGAGUGGAACAGCGGUGGCCAUUUUGAAUUGUGACCCACCAUGCGUCUGUUCCUGCGUCGGCGCUUAUCCCCCCUGAAGCUGGCCCUGGCUGGGGGAACUCUGUUCAUGGUGGUCCUGGUGGUCCUACAGAAGGAUGUGGGCUCCGGCUCCAACUCUGCCCAGGACCCCUGGUUUCAGGAUCUGGUGGAACGCAAGGAUCGGGUGCUGGUGAUGGUUCGAGGAGCAGUCAACAACCUAGGCUUCCAGAUCGGAGCUCCCCAGCCCCCUUCAAUAGAGGAGCAGCAGGCCACCCCAGACCGCCACUGUCCUCCAGGUCACUACAGUCAGGCAGAGCUGAAGCCGGCCUUGGAGAGGCCCCCACAGGACCCCCAAGGGCCUGGGGCCGAAGGGAGGGGCUACGAGAAAAAGAACAUGACACCAGAGGAGGAGAAAGAGAAGGAAAAGGGGAUGACUGUUAACUGUUUCAACCAGUUCUCCUCCGACAGGAUCUCCCUCAGCCGUAGCCUAGGAGACGACACCCGGCCACCAGAGUGUGUGGAGCGUAAGUUCCGCCACUGCCCUCCUCUCCCCACCACCAGUGUAAUCAUAGUGUUCCACAACGAGGCCUGGUCCACCCUGCUGCGUACCGUCUACAGUGUCCUCCACACCUCCCCUGCCGCCCUGCUCACUGAGAUCAUCAUGGUGGACGACGCCAGCACCGCAGAACACCUGGGGACUCGGCUGGAUGAGUAUGUGAAGCAGCUAAAGAUAGUGAAGGUGGUGAGACAGCAGGAGAGGAAGGGCCUGAUCACUGCCAGGCUCCUGGGGGCCCGGGGAGCCCUGGGAGAGAUACUCACCUUCCUGGAUGCUCACUGUGAGUGUUUCCAUGGCUGGCUGGAGCCCCUGCUGGCUCGUAUCGUGGAGGAGCCAACAGCCGUGGUCAGCCCAGAGAUCACUACCAUCAACCUGAAUGACUUUACCUUCAACAAGCCUGUAGCCACCGCUAAGGCCCGCAACAGAGGGAACUUUGACUGGAGCCUCAGCUUUGGCUGGGAAGGCAUCCCCGAGCAUGAGAGCAACAGACGCAAAGACGAGACCUACCCCGUCAAAACUCCAACGUUUGCCGGUGGUCUCUUCUCCAUCUCCAAGAAGUACUUUGAACACAUCGGAACGUACGAUGACAAGAUGGAGAUCUGGGGGGGUGAGAAUGUGGAGAUGUCCUUUAGGGUGUGGCAGUGUGGCGGCCAGCUGGAGAUCAUUCCGUGUUCCGUGGUGGGUCACGUGUUCCGUACCAAGUCACCCCACACCUUCCCUAAAGGUACUGAGGUCAUCACAAGGAACCAGGUACGACUCGCAGAGGUCUGGAUGGAUGACUACAAACACAUCUACUAUCGACGCAACAGUAACGCUGCCAAGAUGGCCAAGGAGAAAGGAUUUGGUGACAUCUCGGAGCGUGUGAAUCUGAGGGAGAGGCUGCAGUGUAAGAACUUCACCUGGUAUCUGAAUACUAUUUACCCCGAGGCGUUCGUGCCAGACCUCACCCCUACCAAGUUCGGAGCGAUUAAGAACUCUGGUGCUCAGAGCUGUCUGGAUGUGGGAGAGAAAAAUGAAGGAGGGAAGCCACUGAUCAUGUACACGUGCCACAAUAUGGGGGGUAACCAGUACUUUGAGUACACGUCUCAUAAGGAACUGCGUCACAACAUAGGGAAGCAGCUGUGUCUACAGGCCAACACCCAGCCAGACCAGGUUAAGAUUGAGCUCUGUACACUAAAAGGAAUAGGGACUAGCGUGGCCCCACAACAGGAGUGGCUCUUUACAGAGGAGAAUCUCCUCAAGAACCCACCAAGUGGAAAGUGCUUACUCCUGAAAGGGGGCCAGAUAGUGAUGGACGACUGUAAAGCAGCUGACCUCAACCAGCACUGGGCAUUCAGUUGACCCCUAACCUUCGACCCCUGACCUUAAGCAGAACUGAAGCUUUCACUAGACGUUGGCCCACCCCCCACCCCCUGCCCCCCGCCAGCCCAUCCACCCAUAGAUGCUAUUAACAAACGUAUAGACCCUACCAAUCUACCUAUAGACUCUGGGUCAAGCAGGCAGUACUAGCACCAGUACUAGCUGAACCUGACAGGACAUGAGUCAUACUGCACUGGAGACCAUUGAUGACCUAAGUGGAGUGGACAUAGAAUAUAGAGUGCUGACUGUGCUAUGGCAGUGCACACCUAAGUGAAGGUUCUCAGGAUAACCACUUUUAACUAUAUAUUUAUGAUAAUAGAGACUCGUGAAUGAAGGUUUCUUCUCGUGGAGUGUGUGGACAGUGGACUCUGCAGCCUGGGUUGUGUUCAGUAGGGAGAAAAUGUUUUGGAAUGGAGUGAAACGGGGAGAACUUAGGCCUACUACCCGAACUUAUCCAGAAAGAGCACAUAUCUUAGUUUUCUGUUGCAAAACGUUUUGCCACUGUGUGCCCUACUGGACACGACCCUGGAGUGGCAGGAAGGAGGUCUCUUCCAGACAACUAGGACCUCAACCUAGAAGUGUGUUCUCUUUUUUUUAUCAUAGUUUUGCUUGUCUUAACUUAUCUUGUCAGGUAAUGAAUGUAGAUAUAGUGAAUGUUGUUUCUGUGACAAUACUGCCAAAGGGAAAGGUGUCCAUUUUUUUAAAUAAAGUUUUAUCUGUAUACAGUUGGA